GUCGUUUUGUUUCCGCCUCGGAGGCAGUAGCAUGUUUGAAUCAUGGCGACUAUACAAGUCAGUGAAGCAGAGAAAGUGUAUAUCAUGCAUGGCGUUCGGGAUGAUUUAAGAGUGGAUGGUCGUGGAUGUGAGGACUACAGACACAUGGAGAUUGAAACAGACGUGGUGUCCAAUACAGAUGGAUCUGCUAAAGUCAGACUGGGACAGACAGACAUCCUUGUGGGAGUAAAAGCUGAGAUCGGCAGGCCGAGGCCCAUGGUGCCAGACGAGGGUUAUCUGGAGUUCUUUGUUGACUGCUCGGCGAACGCCACGCCGGAGUUUGAGGGCCGUGGAGGUGAGGAGCUGGGAGUGGAGUUGAGCAACACUCUGUAUAAGGUCUUUAAUAACAGACACAGUGUGGACCUGCGCAGUCUCUGCAUCUGCCCCGGAGAACACUGCUGGGUUCUGUACGUCGACGUGCUGCUCCUUCAGUGUGAUGGAAACCUGUUUGACACCAUGUCCAUCGCCAUAAAAGCAGCUCUUUUUAACACACGCAUUCCCAGAGUUCACAUAUCGGAGGGUGAGGAAGGAGGGAAGGAGAUUGAGUUGUCUGAUGACCCAUAUGACUGCAUGCGUCUCAGCGUGGAACACGUCCCCUGCAUUGUGACCUUGAGCAAGAUCGGACACAGGCACGUAGUGGACGCGACCCUGCAGGAGAAAGCCUGCUCAGUAGCCAGUGUAUUGAUUUCAGUCACACACACAGGAACAGUGACGUGUGUACGGAAGCUUGGAGGAGGAAGUCUGGACCCAGACAGUAUAUUUGAAAUGACAGAGACAGGAAAGCGAGUGGGGAAGAUGCUUCACGUACCUCUGAUGGAGCUGCUGCAAAAAGAAGAGAGUCUUGGAAAAGAGAGAACAAAAGUUGGUUUCCUGGCAUAGCAUAAAUCUGGAUUUAUUUCUAUUUUCAAUUCACAAAUAAAAUUUUUUU